GGUCUCUUUCUGCCGCCAUCUUGGGCUCCGCUUCCCGUACAAAAUGCCUGGCGAAGCUACAGAAACCGUCCCGGCCACAGAGCAGGAGCUGCCCCAGCCACAGGCCGAGACAGGGUCCGGAACAGAGUCUGACAGCGAUGAGUCUGUACCAGAGCUCGAAGAGCACGACUCCACACAGGCCACGACACAGCAGGCACAGCUUGCAGCAGCAGCUGAAAUAGAUGAAGAACCCGUUAGCAAAGCAAAACAGAGCCGGAGUGAAAAGAAAGCACGGAAGGCAAUGUCUAAACUCGGCCUCCGCCAGGUCACAGGAGUAACCAGAGUCACCAUCCGCAAAUCUAAGAACAUCCUCUUCGUCAUCACAAAACCAGAUGUGUACAAGAGCCCAGCAUCAGACACCUAUAUAGUCUUUGGAGAAGCAAAGAUCGAAGACUUGUCCCAGCAGGCUCAGCUGGCAGCUGCCGAAAAGUUCAAAGUGCAAGGAGAAGCUGUCUCAAACAUCCAAGAAAACACACAGACCCCCACCGUGCAGGAGGAGAGCGAGGAAGAAGAGGUUGACGAAACCGGCGUGGAGGUGAAAGACAUCGAGCUGGUCAUGUCCCAGGCCAACGUGUCCCGAGCGAAGGCAGUCCGUGCCCUGAAGAACAACAGCAACGAUAUCGUCAACGCCAUCAUGGAGCUGACGAUGUAGCCGUCCGGACGGAGGAGCUGUGGUUGUUUGGUUGUUUGGUUUUUUUUUUUUUUUUUUUUUUUUGGUAUUUCAGAGAAGAGUUAAAGGAACCUCGAUUUAAAUUUGUACCGUUUCUAUCAGUUAAUAAAAGUUAAUUGAUAGAGCC